UUACACUCGUAUAUAACUAACGUACAUCUCAGGAGCAUGGUUUAACAAGAAUCUGUCCCUCUGUUGACCCAAAGAAGUGGGGAGCGAUGCAUAAUCCUUCGAUAACAAGCACCCAGGAACCAAGUCCUCUUUAUGACCUUGUAUCCCAAUUGGGUCGCUUCGCCUUUCCUUCAAGGCUCCACAGCCACAGCCCCCUUUCACCUAAUUUCCUCUACUUUGAUGCUCCCAGAAACCCCAAGCUCAUCACUGCUUCUCUCAGUUUGACCACUAGAGCCAGCGGCAUUCGCAGAAUUGUCACCGACUUUAAUCGAGCUAUUAGGUUCCAUUGUGACAGAUUCCCAAUCGGCUUCGCUUCUCUUGGGGUUGGUGGUGGUGGUGGGGACAGCAAUGGUGCCGGUGACAACAACAACAACAUCAAUAUUGGCUUGGGCGAUACUGGCUGCGCUCUUUAUGAUGAUAAUGGAGUGGCCCUCAAUGGUGCGGUGCCGGGCACCUCCAAGAAGGUGCUCAUUUUGAUGAGUGACACCGGUGGCGGUCAUCGAGCUUCUGCGGAAGCUAUUAAGGUCGCCUUUAAUCAAGAAUUUGGAGAUGAAUAUCAGGUGUUUGUUACAGACUUGUGGUCGGAUCAUACACCCUGGCCAUUCAAUCAACUUCCCAGGAGCUAUAAUUUCUUGGUGAAACAUGGACCAUUAUGGAAGAUGACUUAUUAUGGAACAGCUCCACGCCUGGUACAUCAAUCCAAUUUCGCUGCCACUUCUACAUUUAUAGCUCGCGAGGUCGCCAAAGGAUUGAUGAAAUACCAGCCUGAUAUUAUUAUUAGUGUGCAUCCACUGAUGCAACAUGUACCUCUUCGUAUAAUGAGGCAAAAGGGUCUAUUGGAGAAGAUAGUUUUUACCACAGUUAUAACCGAUUUAAGCACUUGUCAUCCAACAUGGUUUCAUAAGCUUGUAACAAGAUGUUAUUGUCCGACAUCUGAGGUUGCGAAUAGAGCAUCAAAAGCUGGACUCAAGCCUUCGCAAAUCAAGGUUUAUGGCCUCCCCGUGCGGCCUUCUUUUGUUAAGCCUGUGCGACCAAAGGCUGAACUUCGGAGAGAUUUAGGAAUGGAAGAGCAUCUUCCUGCUGUUUUGCUAAUGGGAGGAGGAGAAGGGAUGGGUCCUAUUGAGGCAACAGCUCGAGCACUUGGGGAUGCAUUAUAUGAUGAGAAUCUUGGUGAGCCUAUGGGUCAGGUCCUUGUGGUAUGUGGCCGCAACAAAAAGCUUGCAGAAAAGUUGCGUGCAAUCAAUUGGAAGGUUCCUGUCCAGGUGAAGGGAUUUGUAUCUAAAAUGGAGGAAGGUAUGGGAGCUUGUGAUUGCAUAAUUACGAAGGCCGGCCCAGGGACAAUUGCAGAAGCAAUGAUAAGAGGCCUGCCUAUUAUUCUGAAUGAUUACAUUGCCGGGCAGGAAGUUGGAAAUGUCCCAUAUGUUGUCGAAAAUGGGUGUGGGAAAUAUUCAAAAUCUCCAAAAGAGAUAGCAAGGAUUGUUUCGGAGUGGUUUGGUCCGAAAGCUGAUGAGCUCCAGGCCAUGUCGCAAAACGCAUUGAAGCUGGCAAGGCCUGAUUCUGUGUUCAAGAUUGUUCAUGAUAUGCACGAGCUUGUUCGUCAACGAAGCUUUGUACCCCAAUAUUCCUGAACCAUGUGUUCCCCCUCCUGACCAAUUUUGUUAUUAGGCCUGUGAUUUAGCAAAAUAAUUAUAUACGCUAAUUGUUCCUUCAUUUGAAUA